AUGUCGAAAUGCGCCCAUCUGGACCAGAUGCGUCAGGGGUCCAACCUUGUCGUGGACCUGAUCCAGUGCAGGAGCUGCGGGGAGAUCCUGUUCAAGCACCACUUCGCGAAGACGAGCGACCAGAUGCUACUCCAGUGUGUUCGCUCCCGGCAGUAUAUCCACCGCCUGGAGACCACGGGUACGGCCCAGCCCGUGGCGCCCAGGAUGAACCAGUCGAGCUCCUCGGACAGCGAGGCCACGGCGACGACAACGGCGCCAACGUCAAUGCCUCCACCGAGCCCUCCAGGGGCCACCAAGAAGUUGCCCGAGCGCCUGUCGGCCGAGGUCAUUCGGAAGCUCACGGACACGGAGGUGCAGCAGAUCAUCGAGAGCGAGAGGAUCCAGAUCCGCCAGGAGGAGCAGCAGCGCCUCGCGAAGGAGAUCCUCCAGCAGGGCCUCAUCGACACGCCGACGGACCCGACGGAGGUGGACGACAGGGCCAGGCCGAGCAAGAGGCUGGGCGUCAGCCAGAUGCCCAAGGCCGAGUCGAUUCCCGUGCCAGAGGCAGCCGAGACCUAUGGCAGGCUGGACCUCGCAGAAGUGGCCUGUGUGUCCGACUCCAGGCUCACGCACGCGAUGAUCGAGCAAGGAGGCAAGGCCGAGAGAUUCAGCAACUGGAACGGGUAUGACUUCUCCACCAGGUCGGGUGCAGAGAAGCUCGUGAAGGCUUUGCGGGUCAAGAGGCCUCGAAGAGUUUGGUUUUCCCCACCGGUCGGAGCAGAGUGCCCAUGGCAGAAUCUGAACCCCGUAACGGCGGAGUCGGAGAAGAAGCUGAUCAAGACCAGACGUAUCCAGCGGAACGUCAAAUGGGCUAUCGGUCAGCUGCUGAACGAGGGUUUCUGCGACAUAUACCUCGAGCAGUCGGGACGCUGCAGGUCGUGGACAGGCAACUUCAAGGAGCUCAAGGAGUCCAUGCAUGGCUGCAGGAUUCACGGGUGCAUGCAUGAUAUGAGAGACGAGCAGAGCGGUCUCCUCAUACGCAAGGACUGGCACAUCGCGACCACUGACCCGCAGUUUGAGAAGAAGGUUGGGAGGACCUGCCCUGACUUGCAUCUGCAUAUGCCGCUGGAAGGCGGCACGAGGGUGGCACUGUCGGCGAAUUAUCCCGUGAACCUGUGCCGGAGGAUCGCCCAGCACUUCAUGACCAGAGCCACCUCGGACGAGGCCCUCGCCUAUCUGCUGCAGGCCCACCGCGAGUUGGACGACGAGCUGUGUGCAGCGGGCUACAGGCGCUUGCGGGAGAAGCGGCCCGCCUCUCUCCCGAGAGUCAAGGAGAAAGCGCAGGCGGUCAAGUACCAGCUCCUGAUCCUGACGAAGCUGGAGAUGCUCAAGUCCCUCCAGAAGGCGAGGAGUGUCCAGAACUGUACCAAGGCAGAGUUGCGCGAGCUGGAGGCCAUCAUCGCACACAUCCAUCGGAAUUUCGGACACUGCAGUAUGAGCACGGUCAGCGCCGCCCUCAAGUCUCGCAAGGCGGACCAGAAGCUCAUCGACCUUUGCAGCCACUACGAGUGUCCGGCCUGUAAGGCAGCUCAAAGGUUUCAGAUGCGACCUAUUGCCAGCUCAGAACCAACGUUACCCGCUCCUGGUACCGAGAUGGGUUGCGACAAUUUCUAUUGGACACAUCCUCGACGAGCCUACCAAAUACGUGGGACCCUCCGUGCAGACUAUGGCAGCCGCUUUACCCAGACGUCGAUUCACUGUCAGAAGGGGGUCGAGGAGCAUUGCGGCAACACCACCGCGAAGGAGAUGAAGGAGGUAGUGCUGAAGGACUGGAUCCACCACUACGGCAAGCCGGAGGUUUUCAGGACAGAUCCCGAGGGUUGCUUCAAGCAGGUCGAGCAGCGCGCCUGGGUCUCGGGUAACGGCAUGGAGUGGAAACCGGAACCCGGAGAAGCUCACUGGCGAAUGGGAGUGAUCGAAAGGUGCAUCGAGACCGUCAAGGAAAUCGCCACUCGCCUCGCCUGGGAGCUACCAGACGACACAGAUCCCGCGGACAUCUUUCGCUGGGCUUGCGUGGCCAACAACGACCUGAUGCGACACCAAGGCUACAGCCCGAUGAUGCUCAUGAUGGGUCGCACCCCGUCGGGGCAAGGCCUGGAGCAAGUGGAGAAUCCUUCGGUCCUGAGCGCAAAUGUGGUGGACAAACACUUCCAGGAGGUCACGCGCAUCAAGGCGGCUGCCUACAAGGCGUGCGUGGACCACUACCUGUCGGAGAAGACGAAGCGUGCCCUGCUGGCCAAGACGAGGCCGUUCAAGACAUGGGAGCCUGGUGAGAUGGCACACUACUGGCGAGGUGCGAAGGGUAACAGUCACAAGACUCGACCAGGUAUCGCUGGUCGAUUUCACGGUCCCGCCACUGUCUUGAUGCAGGAGCGCGAGAUGAAGAACGGAGUUGCGGUGCGUCGAGGAGUUGUCUGGCUUGUUGACGGUGACCGUCUCGUACGAGCAGCGGCCACUCACCUCCGCACGACUACGAAAGCGGAGCGGACCCUGGAGAGCAUCUCCGCAGGGAGCUCCGACCACUUCAAGAAGAUUCUUCAGGAGUUGACGAAGGGUGCUUACGACGAUGUGGUGGAUCAGCCUGGCCCGGGAGAAUGGGACGAUAUUCCAGAAGGGGCCGCGCCUGAGGUCUCACCGCCUCCUAUGCCCGCUCAGAAUCCAGCUGAACCAGCACCGACGCCGACCAGAGACCAGAUCGACGAGAGCGAGCCACCACCAGAAGGUUACAACAAGCGGGAAGCCAGUAAGGAACCUUCUGAAGAUCCAGAUCCCAAGAGACAUCGCGCCGACUUUGCUGGGUACGUGGGCCAUCUGUGCCAGAAGGCGCCGACGCUUGUUAUGCCCGAGCUCGGUCGUGCCGAGCCCGAAUCUGACGGCAGUGCGACGUGGGUCUCACCCUGGGAGUAUGAUCAGAAGACGAAGGCUUCCGACCUGGUGGGCUUCGUGGGCGAGGACGAGCCGAACCUCGCGAUCAUGAUCGGCUUCGCGCUGGAGGAGUCGGAUAUGGAUCAACUCAGCCGGAGGCCUGACAAGGCCCUCGCCGCGAUGGUCAAGCAGAACAAGGUCGAGGUGAAGCUCAAGAACCUUACGGCAGAGGACCGUGAGAAGCUCCCGAUCGCGAAGGGUAACGAGAUCAAGUCUUUCCUCAAGUAUCGAGUCUGCGAGGCAGCCAGUCGUGCAGGAGUACACCCUGGCGCCCUGAUGAAGAUGAGAUGGGUCAUUACAAGGAAAGAGACGGGCGACCUUAAGGCUUUCCUGGGCGUCUCCGCCUCGAUGGGCUUUCAGGUCUCCAAGGGUGACGUCAAGGCAGCUUUCCUACAAGGACAGCUCAUAGGUCUGGCCGUAGCCCACGUGGACGACCUCAUGAUUGCGAUUGACCAGCACUCGGACCUUGCAGUGGACGCCCUCCAGCAGCUCCAUCCUACGCAGGGCGUGCCCCUCAUCGGGGCAGAGCUGUCACUGCUGCUGGCUUACAGUAAUUCCGCCACGGUGAAUACUCUCCUGCAGGCCAACAAGCUCAUCAGGCGCACCAAGUUCGAGGCGACCAAAGAGCUCAUCAUGGAGAAGCACGCGAAUCCGUGUGUGGUCGGCUAUUCGGACGCAGCCUGGAAUGUUCGACGUGAUGGUUCUUCACAGGGUGGUUUCUUGAUCUUUCUGACCGACUAUACCUUGAUGCAGAACCGAGAGGCGCCGAUCUCUCUGCUGGCUUGGGCAUCGGCGAAGUUGCCGAGAGUGUGUCGGAGCUCGAGCGCGGCCGAGGUACAAGCCGCCAGUGAAGCUCAAGAGGAGCUGGAGUUUUGUAGGCUGCUGCUGAGCGAGAUCCUGCUAGGACCCGCGCCUCUCAAGCAGUGGACUUCAAGCUGUGCGAAGAUUCCUGGCGCUCUGGUCCUGGACUGCCGCGGCGUGUUCGAUGCUCUGGAUCGGUCCGAGAGCAGCGCCCUCGGCAUGAAAGACAAGAGGAGCGCGCUGGAGGCCCUGGCCCUCAAGAGCGGCAUGGCCGCCACAUCCACAUCCCUGAGGUGGUGUCACAGUGGUGCGCAGCUGAGCGAUUGUAUGACCAAGAACUCGGAGAAGGCUCGCGCCAGCUACAACCUUUGGCAGCAGCGAGGCACCUGGAAGUUGAUAUACGACGCUAAUUUUAUUUCCGAGAAGCAGAGAAGACAGCGAGGACUGCAGACACUAGACCAGGCCACAUAUUUCGCAGUUGAUGACGACGAUGCCUGGCAGUUGUACCCGGAGGAUUUGGAGAUCGAGGAAGAGGCAGAUAUUCCCCAAGACUUUCGUCUUCCGGAAGCGGUGAGCGUGAUGAGACAUGAUGCUACCUCCGUGCAGUAG